AUGACACCUCUUUCUAAAACCGAAAGCUUUAUAGAACAAAACAUGCCCACCAUAACCACACCAGAAAAACAAACAGUAAAGAAACAGCUUUUGAAUUAUAACGUUUUAACUACUGCUCUACAGAAAAUGCAAAAAAUAAUCAAGAACGCAAUGUUUAAAGGCGUAGUUGAGAAUGAUAUAGUGAAGAAGUACAAGGCUAAGAGCAUAACUACAACUGUAUUAGGAUUGAAAGGAAGAGCUCGUCGCAGAAAAAUCCUUAUGAGGAAGAGCAAAAUACUUAUUGAUGGAAUUAAACACUUCUAUGAAAGAGACGAUGUUAGUCGCGCAACGGCUGGAAAAAAUGAAGUUAAGACUUUAAAGAAAAACAAGCAACAGCGACGCUAUUUGUUGAAUAGUCUGAAGGCACUUUACAAAAAGUAUAGGUUGGCAGAGACAGAUAUUGCCAAGUACUCAAUACCAGAUACUCUGACGCCAGUCCCUCAUACCAUGGCUCUACAUCAAAUUGCUAACACGGAGGCAGCGAAUGUCAUUAAAUACAGAUGUUUGAGCUGUUUCUGUGAUGAUAUGCUGUCCUUCAAAGGUUAUUGUGAAUGUUUGGAUGUUAAGACCCACCUAUUAGUUCAAAAUAAAGAUGUCGAAAAAGAAAAUGAGAACAAAAAUAACCCAGAUCAGAAAAAUAAAGCAAAAAGAGUUAUUAAGCGAACAAAAAAAAUGACAGAUUUAAGUGAAAUGAGUGACUCGGAGGAGGAACAGAAAGAAUACAGAAAUAAGAAAAAGAAGAUUUGUAAAGAUGUUGAAAGAAAAAAUGAAACCGAAAAUAACCCAGAUCGGAAAUAUAAAGUAAAACGAGUUAUUGAGCGAAAAAGAAAAGUGACAAAAUCAAGCGAAAUGACUGACUCGGAGGAAGAACAGAAAGAAAAAAGAAAUGAGGAAAAGAAGAUUUGUAAAAAUGGUGGAAACAAGAAUGAGAAAAAAAUAACAAUAUUAUCGGAUGUGAAGGGUAGACCAGAAAAUCGUGCAUUUUGUGUUACCACUAUUGGAAGUGGUCCACUGAAUCUCAAAAGAAUUGAAAAGCCUGAUAUACUAAACAUUGAAAAUAAAGUAAAUAUAAAUACGGACUAUCAGACCCCAUCCACGUCAGGAAUAUGUAGAAGACCAAAUAUUGCACAAAAAACUAUAAGUCGUAAUAGGAACAAACCAAUUAUUGAUUCUAAUGCAAGCAGUACAGAAAAUGAAGAUGAAUUUUCAUUACAUCAUACCUCAGAUGACGAGCCACUUCUACCCGACACUUUUUUAAAAGAAGAAGAAAAGAUUAAUACCAACGCAGAAAAACAUGUGAUUGUAGAUUGUAUUGUAUCGAAUGAGGAGUGGAAACCGCUAGAUGAUAGCGUAAUAGUUCUCAGUGGUGACUGUGGUUCAGUAUAUACAGAAGAAAAGAACAAUGAAAACAAAAAAAGCAGUGGCGAUGGCGCAAGUGAAACAGUUGAGGAUAAAACAGAAAAUCACGAAAUAGUACAACUUGAAAAGACUGAAAUAGUUGACAAUAAAACCGAAAAUCACGACAUAGUACAACUUGAAAAGACUGAAAUAGUUGACAAUAAAACAGAAAAUCACGACAUAGUAGAACUUGAAAAGACUGAAAUAAUCACAAACACUGUCAAAGACUGUGAACUCCCAAAUACUACAAAAGAAAAACGUUUUAACGAAUUUAGUAGUAUUGUGACCACAGACAGAUGUCAAUAA